GCGUGCACCAUUUCCCCCGCCCCCCUUCGGAGACAUUUGGCCAAUGGGAACCCUGGGCAGGGGCUGGAAGCGGUCAUGUAGGCGGGGCUACAGCCGUGGAUCGCGGUGCGAGUCCAAAACCGAGCAUUCCCGUGGGCCUGCAGUCGGCGGAAGGGGGCCGGGAUCAGACGGCGUACGUGCCCUGCGUGAGUGCGUGGCGGCGGCGCGUUCGCGAGGGGAGUGGGCAGUGAGGCCUGGUCCACGUGCGUCCCUUCCGGGGACCCCCGCAGCUUAGCGCCCAGCGGCUGCGUGAGCCGAGACACCCGGAUGUCCUCGCCCCUCUCCGAGUGAUCAGUCCUGUACUUUGGUCCCGCAGUGCCCUUAGUCUCGGCCGGCGUCCACGCAUUGCCAUGGUGACUGUGGGCAACUACUGCGAGGCCGAAGGGCCCGUGGGUCCGGCAUGGAUGCAGGAUGGCCUGAGCCCCUGCUUCUUCUUCACGCUGGUGCCCUCGACGCGGAUGGCGCUGGGGGCUCUGGCCUUGGUGCUGGCUCUUCCCUGCAGACCCCGGGAGCGGCCCGCUGGUACUGAUUCGCUGUCUUGGGGGGCCGGCCCUCGCGUCUCUCCCUACGUGCUGCAGCUGCUUCUGGCCACACUUCAGGUGGCGCUGCCCCUGGCCGGCCUGGCUGGCCGGGUGGGCACUGCCCGGGGGGCCCCACUGCCAAGCUACCUACUGCUGGCCUCCGUGCUGGAGAGUCUGGCCGGUGCCUGUGGCCUGUGGCUGCUCGUCGUGGAGCGGAGCCAGGCGCGGCAGCGUCUGGCAAUGGGCAUCUGGAUCAAGUUCAGGCACAGCCCGGGUCUCCUGCUCCUCUGGACUGUGGCGUUUGCAGCCGAGAACUUGGCCCUGGUGUCUUGGAACAGCCCACAGUGGUGGUGGGCAAGGGCGGACUUGGGCCAGCAGGUUCAGUCAACAGCCCAACAGUCUACCUGGCGAGAUUUUGGCAGGAAGCUCCGCCUCCUGAGUGGCUACCUGUGGCCUCGAGGGAGUCCAGCUCUGCAGGUGGUGGUGCUCAUCUGCCUGGGGCUCAUGGGUUUGGAACGGGCACUCAACAUGUUGGUGCCUAUAUUCUAUAGGAACAUUGUGAACUUGCUGACUGAGAAGGCACCUUGGAGCUCUCUGGCCUGGACUGUUACCAGCUACGUCUUCCUCAAGUUCCUCCAGGGAGGUGGCACUGGCAGUACAGGCUUCGUGAGCAACCUGCGCACCUUCUUGUGGAUCCGGGUGCAGCAGUUCACGUCUCGGCAGGUGGAGCUGCGCAUCUUCUCCCACCUGCACGAGCUCUCACUGCGCUGGCACCUGGGGCGCCGCACAGGGGAGGUGCUGCGGAUCGCGGAUCGGGGCACAUCCAGUGUCACAGAGCUGCUCAGCUACCUGGUGUUCAAUGUCAUCCCCACGCUGGCCGACAUCGUCAUUGGCAUCAUCUACUUCAGCAUGUUCUUCAACGCCUGGUUUGGCCUCAUUGUGUUCCUGUGCAUGAGUCUUUACCUCACCCUGACCAUUGUGGUCACUGAGUGGAGAGCCAAGUUUCGCCGCGCUAUGAACACACAGGAGAACGCUACCCGGGCACGAGCAGUGGACUCUCUGCUAAACUUUGAGACGGUGAAGUAUUACAACGCCGAGAGUUAUGAAGUGGAACGCUAUCGAGAGGCCAUCAUCAAAUAUCAGGCUUUGGAGUGGAAGUCCAGUGCUUCACUGGUUUUACUAAAUCAGACCCAGAACCUGGUGAUUGGGCUUGGGCUUCUCACCGGCUCCCUGCUUUGUGCAUACUUUGUCAGUGAGCAGAAACUACAGGUUGGGGACUAUGUGCUCUUUGGUACCUACAUCAUCCAGCUGUACAUGCCCCUCAAUUGGUUUGGCACCUACUACAGGAUCAUCCAGACCAACUUCAUUGACAUGGAGAACAUGUUUGACUUGCUUAAAGAGGAGACAGAAGUGAAGGACCUUCCUGGAGCAGGGCCCCUUCGCUUUCAGAAGGGCCGAAUUGAGUUUGAGAACGUGCACUUCAGCUACACCGACGGGCAGGAGACUCUGCAGGACGUGUCUUUCACUGUGAUGCCUGGACAGACGCUGGCCCUGGUGGGCCCAUCUGGGGCAGGGAAGAGCACAAUUUUGCGCCUGCUGUUUCGCUUCUAUGACAUCAGCUCUGGCUGCAUCCGAAUAGACGGGCAGGACAUUUCACAGGUGACCCAGGCCUCUCUCCGGUCUCACAUUGGAGUUGUGCCCCAAGAUACUGUUCUCUUUAAUGACACCAUCGCUGACAAUAUCCGUUACGGCCGUGUCACAGCUGGGAAUGAUGAGGUAGAGGCUGCUGCUCAGGCUGCAGGCAUCCAUGAUGCCAUUAUGGCUUUCCCUGAAGGGUACAGGACACAGGUGGGUGAGCGGGGACUGAAGCUGAGCGGUGGGGAGAAGCAGCGUGUGGCCAUUGCCCGCACCAUCCUCAAGGCUCCGGACAUCAUUCUGCUGGAUGAGGCAACAUCAGCGCUGGAUACAUCUAAUGAGAGGGCCAUCCAGGCUUCUCUGGCCAAAGUCUGUGCCAACCGCACUACCAUUGUAGUGGCACACAGGCUCUCAACUGUGGUCAAUGCUGACCAGAUCCUCGUCAUCAAGGAUGGCUGCAUCGUGGAGAGGGGACGGCAUGAGGCUCUGUUGUCCCGAGGUGGGGUGUAUGCUGACAUGUGGCAGCUGCAGCAGCAGGGACAGGAAGAAACCUCUGAAGACACUAUGCCUCAGACCAUGGAACGAUGACAAAAGUUUGGCCACUUCCCUCUCAAAACCCAGAAGGGAAUAAGAUGUAUGCCCUCUCCCUAGCUUAUUUCAUCCUGGUCUUGGGGUGCGGUGCUAGCUAUAGUAAGGGAAACGGACCUUUCAGAAAAACACCUUUUGGGGAAAUAAAAAUGUGGCCUGUGUGA